CAAACGAAGGAACCCAUUCCAGUGUUCGACUUGUCACGCCCACGCGCGGCGCGCCGCCUUCGGCCCUUCGCCAGUUCACCCCCCACAGACCACAACUGUCGCGUCGCCGGCUCGCCGCUCGCCCUAUCCCCCACCGCCACCGGCCACGCUUCCGUACUGAGCCGCUGAGGGGGCCAGUCAGGCGCGCCGACCGCCGAAACUGCCAUGAAGCUGACCUGCUUGUCCGCCGCCGCCGGCGGCGGCGGCGGCUACCACUCGCCAGCGAGCCAUCUCCUGGAGCUGGAGGGGGUCCGCUUCCUCCUCGACUGCCCCAUCGACCUCUCCGCUCUCGCGGCCUUCGCGCCGGUGCCCCUCGCCGGUGACGCAGGAGGUCUCAUCCGCGCGGUGCCGCGCUACUGGUUGCCAGCGGCCGUGAAAGAAGGCGGCGUGGACGCCGUGCUCGUGUCUUCCGCUACGGGGAUGCUCGGACUCCCCUUCCUCACCGGGCUCCCCGGAUUCACCAACACGAAGGUAUAUGUGACAGAGGUAGCAGCAAGGAUCGGAAAGCCAAUGAUGGAGGAGCUGGUGGAGAUGCAUCGUGAGUUUGUGAGGUACUAUGGGCCAGAUACGGAUGCAUCACCCAAGUGGAUGGAAGGGGAGGAACUCAAUGAACUCAUGUCAAUGUCGCAAAAGGCAGUGAUUGAAGGCAGGGAAAAUGAUUUGACUUCUCUGGUGCCUUUAUACAGUCCAGGAAACGUUGAAGAAUGCAUGCACAAAGUACAGUCUGUUAAAUAUGGAGAGGAGGUUUGCUUCAAUGGCAUAUUUAUGCUGAAAGCUUCUAGUUCAGGCCUUGAACUUGGCAAUUCUACCUGGACAAUACAAAGUCCAAGAGCUAGCAUUACCUACCUACCAAGUUCAGUAUUUGUGUCGGCUCAUGCAUUAGAUUUUGAUUACAGCUCUCUGAAGGAAAAUGAUGUGAUUUUGUUUUCGGAUUUCUCAUCCUUGAAUGACACGGACGAGGAUAAUGAGAAACUGAAUGAGCAUUCAAUGGAUGAAACGGACUCUUCUCUAUGUCGCUACUCAGUGUUUAGGGAUGACGGCGCUGAUGCAGAUGAAAGGGUGCCAUUCGUGUGCAACAAUGAUGAUAUCACAGAGGAGAUUGAGAGAAUCAGCUUUAUAUGCUCAUGUAUUUUUGGUGCAGUAAAAUCUGGAGGCUCUGUUCUAAUACCAAUUGGCCGCCUUGGUGUUAUUCUUUUACUUUUGGAGCUUAUAUCAGAAAUGCUACAUUCUUCCAGCCUGAAGGUGCCCAUAUUUGUGAUUUCUGAAACAGCAGAAGAAAUAUUUGCUUUUACCAAUACCUUGCCUGAAUGGCUAUGCAAGUCACGUCAAGAAAAGUUAUUCGCUGGUGAAGCAUUGUUUGGCCAUGUCGAGCUUUUGAAGGAGGGCAAAUUAUUUUUGUUCCCGCAUCUACAUUCAAAGGGUUUGCUGGCAGCAUGGAAGGAGCCUUGUAUUGUGCUAUGUCCACACUGGAGCCUUAGACUCGGCCCAGCUGUUCAUUUGCUUCGUCGCUGGCAUGCAGACAAACGGUGCCUUCUUGUUGUGGAGCAAGGAAAUGGUGCUGAGUUGAGUCUUAAGCCUUUCAUGCCCUUGGCAAUUCAAGUCCUUGAGUGUUCUUUCCUUUCGGGCGUAAGGGCGGGGAAAAUUGAUCCAUUACUGGGAGUGCUCAAACCGAAGUUUGUUAUGCUUCCAGAAGGUCUUAAGUCGCGGUGUUCAAUAAAGGGGGUGCCAUGGUCAUUCUUGUAUUACUCCAAGGGCAAGACCAUCGAGCUCUCAAAUUUACGUGAAGAUAUUGAGGUGCAUCUUGCAACUGAUGUUGCCUUCCGAUUGCAGCCUAGACAACUGAACGAAACCACUGCAGUGGCGAGAUUGAGAACAAAGCUGCUUGUAAGCAAUGGACGGUACCAGCUGGCCUCUGCAGAAAAGCAACCAGAUCAAUCAAAGCGUCACUUGCUACACUGUAGCACUAUUGACCCUGGUCGCUUGCUGUCAGCUUUGCGAGAGAAGGGGAUGGUAUGUUCAUUUGCUGCAGAUGAUAGCCCCACUGCUAGUGAAUCCUCAGUUCUGGUCACUAGUCCUGGAGAUGCUUUGGUGAGGAUAACGCCCGACACGACUGUUAUAUACUGCGACGACGAGAGAACAUCCAAUCAAAUUUAUGAUGCGCUUAGCAGUGUUUGUAAAGGGAUCUGACUGCAUCAUGUGUAAUUGUUGUUCGUUAUGGGGUGUUUGGUUUUUAGGGACUAAUUUUUAGUACUCCAUUUUAAUCUAUAAAUUGCUAAAUGCGGAAAAUAAAACUUUUAUUUUUCGUACUUGGUAAUUUAUGAACUAAAAUAAAAUAGGGGACUAAAAAUUAGCCUCUAGAAACCAAACAUUCCCGAAGUUGUGCGUGUGCGUUAAAUUGUGAAUUGCCAUGUGGUGGUUUAGUGGUUGAAAAAAGGUUAAGUUUUUUCUUCCAGAACGGAGAAAGUGAGUUAUUUCAGUUUGUGAGAAGCA